CAAUAACUAUACUCUCAAAUUGGCAAGAAUUAUUCAAUCAUCACAACUGAAGUUGAGCCACGAUCUCAACUGACAUCAAUGGCAAUUCAACACUACUAGUCUGCUGCUAGUCUGAAUCUGGACUUUGGAGUUGGGCUUGUCAAGGUGCCGGCAGCUCUCAUCCUCCCGUGCCCGUUGAAGCAUGAACCAUGAAAGCCGCCGUCGCUGACGCAAAGAUAGACAUGCUUGCUUGCCUGCUCUAGUACCGAGGGAGGCCGCGAGUAGCAGCAGCAGCUGCCGGCCGGCGGCCAUCUUCACGGCCGGGUACUGUAGCGGCGGCGAGUGCCUGGAGCACUAGGUUCAUUUGCGGAGGAUGAUCCAGGCGAUGGAGGAGAGAACUUGCACGGGCACCUGCUUGCCUGCUCCAGCGCCGGGGGAGGUCGCGAGCAUCAGCAGCUGGGCGACGGCCAUCACGGGCGCGGCGGCGGCGGUGAUAUAUAUGGGCCACAUCGCAUCGAUGCUAUGGGCCAACGCAAGAAUUGGACGAGCUUCCGUGUUUAUUUCGGAUCGGAUGCCCAACGGACGUCAUCGGGGCCGGGGUAGGUUCGUUCCUCUGCUGUGGAUCAUAUAAUACGUAUAAUUAAUAUAGAGAACCCUAGCAGAGCGUUCCCCGACCGCGCGCACCUGCGCCGGGUCGCCGCACAAACGCAAAACCCUACAUCGAUCUCGACAUCUCGCAGUCUGGUGGCAGCGACAAGCUACUCUCGCGCGCGGCCGUUCGGUUAGGUGCCAUCGCGGUUGACGGCGGCUCGGGCCUGCGGGGUGGUCGAUCGGGGACGCAUCUGACGACUAGCUAGUGAUUCAUCGAGGGAAAAUUGCGUGAUGACCGCAAAGACCACGAGGAACAAGGGGAUGAUUGAUUGCACAAGAGGUCUGAGUAGGGAGCAGAGAGCCAUAAACAGAAGGAACAAACUUGAUUCAUCACUGGUUUCAAGUCGGGGUUACAAGAGAUCCAGGAACCCCCACGUAAAUUGGAUCCUAAAACGUAUUGCAGCCACUGAAGCGUUUUGUAAGUUUGAGGAUAAUCUAUCUGCUAUUGCAGUGCAACGAUUUGGUGAACCUUUACCUGACAGAGAAGAUUCAAACAUUGCUUUUGAGGAGAGGUCAUUUGGUGAAAUAGUCAAACCUGGUGAAAUAACUUGUCCGAUCAGUACUAAUUAUGCUGUGGAUUUGUCUUCCUUGGUCGUCUCGAUUGCUUUGUUUGAUGGAGAUAAGAUGUUAUUUGCAUGCUCGGGCAUACCUAUACCUCACGGAAGAACUACACAAAGCCUAACAAGAUUUGUGACAUCAGCACAUUUGGUUACACAAUUCAACCAGAAUAGAAAUAAAGAUGAUAAGUUGAGGGUUGCAGUGCGCCUUCCUAAUAAUAGAGCUACCGAUGGGUUCUUAGGACUAUAUGAUAAAGACAUUGCUAUUGUCACAUGCUUCGGCUUCCUAGGAGUCCAUCGUAUAGAUCUGAAUGAUAAGGCAAAACCUUUCCCUGUUGACAAUUUGAAAGCUGCUGGGCGUGCCUUCAACUCUGGCAGUUUGAUGGCCAUGCGUGGAUCUCUAUAUCAGAAACGCCCCCUCGAACACCUCGAAGACCUCAACACCUGGGUUUCAGAUAGUCAACAUAUCUCAAAGGCUGUACUUGGAGGGCCACUUCUGGGGUCAGAUAAUAAAAUUGUAGGGAUGAGCUUAGAUAUAUAUGACCCUGGUGAUGCAAAUUUGAGAUACACCUUCCUACCAAUGGACUUACUUUGCAAACGCUUGAAGCAUUUUCAGAUACUCAAUCCUGAAAAACUACACAACCGUGGAUAUACGUUGCCUAAAGACGUAUCAAGCGUAGUUCCUUCAGGGUUUAUGCAAACUGUUUGCAGGUUAAAGUCCUGUGACUAUCCCAUUCCACCACCGCUUGUGCUCGAAUUCAAUGGGCAAUUAUUUAAUCAUUUCGAAGAAUGCUUUGGUGAAGUACUUCCUUGGAAAGGGUAUCCCUAUGGUCAUCCACCUAGUGGCUCUGAGAAGUGUGUCUGGAAUCAACUUCCGAAAGAUAUUGUGACAGAUGUACCCCGUCGUGUUGUCUCCCUUGCUUCAUUCAAUGGGUAUGUGAGAACUUUUGCAUGCACAGGCUUGCUUAUAAAGUGGCAUGGAAGCAAAGCUAAGCACACUGUCAUCCUGACUUCAGCCAGUUUGGUUAGAGGUCGUUGUAAUGAGGAUAGCAUUGAUAAUAGCUUGACGAUUGAGGUGUUUCUCCCACCGAAUCAACAUGCUGGUGGGACAUUGGAAUUUUAUAAUUUAGACUAUAACAUUGCUAUUGUCAGUCUCAAUAAGAAUUUCAAUGCUAUUCGUCCGGAUGACAUCUUCACAAAAAAUGCACAAAACAAAUGUAAAAAGGUUGUAGCUAUAGGGCGUGAUGCUAAACUUCAUUUAUUAAUGGCUGCAAGUGGGGAAGUCAAGCCUGGAAACAAGGGUUGCAAAGUUGUUUGCGAAGAUGUUCGGCUAUCUACUUGUAAAAUCAAGAAGGCUGGGAUUGGAGGUCCACUUAUUAAUCUUGAUGGGAGUUUUGUUGGCAUGAACUUCUAUGAUGGAAGCGGUGUAACUCCUUUCUUACCAAGGCACAAGAUUGUUAAAGUUCUAAGUCGAGUGAAUUCUUUACCAUCAGAAUGUGGAUAUAACCAUCCUAUGCCUAUCAAUGUUAUUAGUGGGACAAAAAAGGGAAUCCAGAAAAACAAGUGGCCGGUGCCCAAGCCAUAUUGGUAUCAUGGCGGACUUGAGGCGAGUGUUCAUGAUCUAGGCAAUCAUAAGCAUAUUGGGCGGCGUCUUAAUUAGAGAUCACACUGCUGGAGUAUCUAAUUGAUCUUGUUCUGCUCAUCUAGCUAGUAUCUAACAAACUUUGGUGCUGUUGCCGCACUGCUGCUGUUUAUCUAGCUUACUAGUAUUUGACAGACCUGUCUAGGAUAUAUGCGACUUAGACUUGUGUUAUUGUUGGGUGAUUUAUGUGACUUCGAUUCGAUUCUUGUAAUGUACAAGUUGGUUCAAGGUUCUCAUGGACCUUGUUAUAUAUGCUCAUCUAAGAGACCUUUGGUGUUGUC